AUUGUGUGAUUGUACUUUUAUUCUGUGAUCACACCUAUAUAGGAUAAUAAUGAUAAUAUUAUUUAUUACUAAAUAUACAUUUUGAACUACUAUUUGAAUAUAAUUGGGAAUAUUUAUUUUAUUGUCUAUUAUUAUAAUAUAAGAUUGUUCGAAUGUCUGACGUCUUGUUUAAAACUGUAAUUAUUCAGCUUGUAAAUUGCCGUGCAAAAAUAGCGCUAAAAAGUGAACGACCACUAACUGCCAACAAGAAAUAAUCAGGCCACUACAGACCAAGCGGUGUUAAUGUCAUCGUGCCGAAGUUCAAUUAGUGCGUAAAUCCAUCUCAUAAUGUCAGAUUCGCCGAGGCCCAAAGGAUUGAAUACUUCGAUUGUCGGGAAGUCAUCACCGGCUCGUGAAGUGGAUGUUCAUGCCGGUCGUCCCGCACAAGGGCACAGCGGUAAUCUGACUGGGAACCGUCGUAUAUUAAAAGACACCGCAGCAGAUAUCUUCAAUCGUAUGCAGCAAUGGAAAAUCCACCAAGACAGGGGAUGUGUUGUGAUAUCAAAUAUAUUCAAUUUGCGAAUGGAAAUGUCAAACAUUAAAUUUCCAGAUCAGCUCGAAGGUUUAGUGAAGGAAUUAAAAAAACUUUGUGAGCAAAUGUUAGAUAUUGUUGAAGGACUCAAAAUUAAACUAAAGAAUCUUACAGCUGUAUCGGUUUUAGAAAAAGGCAAUUCGACACCACUUUUCAUAUCAUGGACAACAGAACAUUUUUGUAAAGUAACUGAGAAAAUAUUAAGAGCUUACCAAAAAGAACAGAAACUACAUCAAAGUCUUCUAUUGAGAAUAGCAGAUAACACGGAUCCUGAUAUUCUGUUAUUUUAUCUUUCAUGUUGGACAUAUCAGCCAUAUUUAGAUCAUAGCAUAGAAAAAGAAUUACAUUGUAUGAUUAAAGAGACUAGACAUGUAUAAGUUAGUUUAAAAAUAAAUUAAGCUAAAAAUAAGUUAAGAGUUAUAAAAAAAGAUAUGAAUUUAUAUUAAUAAAACUAUAUUCUAAUUUAAUAA